AUUGUGUGAAAGUUUUUUACUGGGUUUGUGUUACUGCUGAAACUGUUGAAGCUAUCCGUGUACUAUGUCAGCCAUAAUAAUGGCAUUUAGGAAAGCUGUUAACAAAGCCAAACUAAGUGAAGAGGAACAGAAACAUGUCCGCGAAUGCUUCAUCUGUAAUGAGGAGUUCAAAGACCCUAGACUGCUGGAAUGCUAUCAUACAUUUUGUUUCGAGUGUGUCAAGGAGUACAUAGAUGCUAACUGCAAAGGAGAUAGUUUCCGUUGUCCGUUAUGCAAAACGGAGUCGAAGCUCCCGGAAAAUGGACCGGAGGCAUUCGAAAAGAAUUGCUUCGUCGGAGACGUGCGGGAAGGGCAAGGAGACGGGAAAGUGAAACACUCGUGUGAUGUAUGUGGUGAGAAAUCUAAGGCAGCAUCGUUUUGUUAUGAAUGUAACCAGAAGCUCUGCAAAUUCUGUGUGACAUUUCAUGAAAAGCUGCAAGCUACUAAGGACCAUAAUGUUGCGGGACUCGACGAGUCAGGGGCACGUAAGGUUAAACGAAAGCCUAAAUGCCCUGCUCAUGACAAAAACGAACUUCAGUAUUUCUGUGAGGAAUGCAAAGAACUUAUAUGCAUUGACUGCAAUAUGACUUCGCAUAAACGUCACAAGUCGCGUGAUGUUGUGGAAGUAGCCGACGAAUUUAGACGAGAACUGGCGUUGGAGAUCAACAAAGACGAAUAUUUUCAGCAUCUUGAAUGCCUUAGUGAUUAUAGUAAGAAUAUAAAAAAGAAACAUGACGCAAAUGCAGGAAGGGAAGAUAAGCUGAUGAAUUCUUUUGAAGAACAGUUGGAAGCAUUUCAAAAGGUUUUAAACGAUAUCAAACUGGAUUUUAUAAGCGAAAUCUCAGAUACGGGAAUGGCAAGUGAGACUGAGGAAAAAGACGGAAGAAACACAAUGGAAAGAAGAUUCAAGUCAUUCGCCGCGAUCUAUUUCUUUAGCCAACUUUUACUAGACCAGGCUGAUGACACGGCUGUUGUAUCACACACAGUAAGCUUAAGAAAGCGUCUGGAGAUCUUAAGCGCUGACAAUGGCAGUAAGAACAAUACACCGAAGGAGGGUGGCAUCGUCUUUGAGCCAGGCAACCUAGACAAAGCAAUAUUGAAAGAAUUAUUCGGGAAGCUGCGCGAUCCAGACAUGGAAGAAGAAGAAAACAGAAAGAGCAACGCACAAAAAGAGGAAUCCAAUGGAAAACCAGAAUUCGUUUACAAAUUUGACUGUCCACCUGGGGAUUGUGUCGUUUCAGGCAUAGCACCAACCGAUAGCGACGCAGCAUGGGUUUGUGUGGGAGCUGAAUCUACUGUGCAUCUGUUUACAGUGGAAGGGAAAUGUGAAAAAACCGUAAUGUUUAGCCAUGUGCUGGACGAUGUUACUUUCAUGAGUGGAAGAGGAUAUAUUACAUCCAACGGAGCGAACAUGGUCCGUACAGUGGACACGACAGGUCGAAAAUCUGUAUACACAAAAGCGGAAAUGUGCAUUCGAGGUAUAGUAGCGGAUACAACAAAAAAUAUCAUUUUUGCUGGCUGUGUCGAAAAUGAUGCGUUCUUUGAUGUUAAGCCUGGCGACAUUUCGUCAAUACUUUCAAUAGAAAAAGGUAAAGGAAUUACUAGCAUACCAAUGAGCCGUGACGUUCCGUAUCCAGCAAGGCUUGCUUUGAAUGGAACAGGUAACAUCGUCAUUUCCGAUUGGGUUGCUCAGGCUGUUAUGAUACAGGACGACGCAGGUAAAGUGAUGGCUUGCUACAAAGGAGAUAAAGACAACAGCGGAAACAAAUCUGAUUUCAAUCCACGCGGCAUAUGUGUAGAUGAUGAUGGGAACAUUUACGUUGUUAAUAUUGAUACUGAUACCAUUGAGAUGCUUGACUCUUCAGGGAAAUACCUCAAGGAUAUCCUAGAUACAGGUGAUGAGUUAAGCAGUCCCUGGUCCGUUGCAUGUGAUAAAUCCAAUCGGCUAUGGAUCGGCUCACAAAAUGGAAACAUUAUGAUUUUUAGCUUGUCGGAACAGAAUGGUACCGAGAAGGAACAAACUGCAGAAACGACAAACAGCGGUAAUGGAAGGGGAUCUACCUCAGGCAGCUCUGGUAGAAGUCAGUCUCGAAACGGGAAUGAUCAAUCUGGCUCAUCAACUCCCGAUCAGAGAAACCUAUCGAGAAACAAGAGUGGAUCAGAGACUAGCUCAAAGGACGGAAGUCGUGACGGACAUUCUAGGGCCUCAACUGGAAGUAACAACAGUUGCAAAUGACAAUAACAUGUAACAGUAGCAGACAAUGACGACAUUAGCUUGCAUACAAAUAGUUUUAAGGUUUUUUAGCUCAACUUUAAAUAUACAUUUGAAUGAGUAUAGUAUUGACCACAACAGCAGGCCUUUGAUGUUAUGAUAUCUCGAUCGUUUGUAUUUAUCUAGAUUAAGCAUCUACCUCUGUAAACAUACUCUAUGGUCAUGUAUUCAACAUCAAUGUUUAAUCUUAAUGUACAUUAAGUUGGCGAUGCCCCAAUAUAUCAACUUAAAUGAUAUAAAAGUAUAGAAUAUGUAUGUAUGUCUGUCAUUGACACCCUUAUAAUGUAUAUGGGCUUACUUGUUUUACAAUUUUGGCAGGUACCGAUAGGAAUAACUAUGUACAUUUUGUACCUAUCAUCGUGAACAUUUUAUGUAUCGGUAAUAUUGUGUACGCGGCUUAAGUUUUCAUAAAAUAGAUUUGUUCAUGACAUUAAACGAAAAAAUACACCGUUUAUAAUGUGAUGCCUACUGCAUAAAUCACAUUUUUUUUUUUUAAUGUUCAAUCAUUUGUUUCAAACCAACAUCACUAUAAAUGAAGUUGAAACAAAGAUUGAACAAGGCAUCGCGAAACGAUACUAAUCCGCUCACGGCAAACUUUGACGAUGAACAUGAAUUAUAAAUUGAACAGGCCGACACAAGUGAAAUGUGAUCUGUUUUAUUAACAACAAAUUGAUACUCAACUGCAUUUGUAUUUGAACUCCAGGUAUGAAAGAAAAGAUGUGAACAUAUAUAGUGCCAUCAAUGAAAGUGAUAUCAUGUAGCACUCAGAUAAUUUAUCAAACAAUUGACCAUGACUCCAUGCUGCAUAUGUCAUCAUUGCGCUGAGCAGUUUUUCAAGUAAUGUCAAAAACUGAUAUAAAAAUGAAAAUUUGCAUUUCAGUGUUUGUUUAAAAUAAUCU